AUGGAACAUUGGAUGAGUCUCCGCUGGCCGAGCAGCACACCCUCAAGAUGCCUGAAGGCGACUGGGAGAGCGGCAAGUCGCAGGUGCUCUGCGAGGGUCGCAAGUCGGGCACGGAGAACUCCUACGUGUGUCGCUACUGUCAGCGGGUCUUCCGCAAGAGUUACAACCUGCUGAUCCACGAGCGUUCCCACGAGGACCACGACAAGUGCCAGUACGACGUCUUCCGCGUCCGCUCCAGUCUCCAGGAACUAAAGAAUCUCAACUACGCGACUCUCAGUUACAAGUUGUGGUGAAAAGUGGAGUAUCAACCGGAGCAUCUCGGUGUCCAGUACCUCCCUUCCCCCGGUUCGAGCCUCGUGUCUUCCACUCCUCCCUUCCAGUUCCUUGUGAUUGUUUCUGUAUUCGUAGUAAAUAAAUAAUCAUGGUAAUAAUUUGGGAUAUUCUGUAUCAGGAGAGAGGCCUCUCGAGUUGAGUUGCCGUGGUGUCCCGGUGUUUAAUGUUUUAAUGUCCCAGGUGGUGUUUAAAUGUCCCAGAGGUGGUGUUUAAAUGCCUCAGAUGGUGUUUAAAUGUCCCAAACGGUGUUUAAAUGUCACAGAUGGUAUUUAAAUGCUCCAGGUGGUGUUUAAAUGUCCCAGGGGUGGUGUUUAAAUGUCCCAGAUGGUGUCUAAAUGUCCCAAAUGGUGUUUAAAUGUCACAGAUGGUUUUUAAGUGUACCAGAUGGUGUCUAAAUGUCCCAGGUGGUGUUUAAAUAUCCCAGAUGGUGUUUCUGAGUGCUUACACCCUUCAGUAAUUACCUGCUGAUCGUAUAUAAUGUUUUUCUUCCCAUAACUUCCUGUUCUUCCUAAUACAUUCCAACACCUCCCAACACCUCCCUACGCCUCCCAACACCUUCCAACUCCUCCCAACACCUCCCAACACCCUUCCAUCGCCUCCCAACACCCACCCCUCACUCCUGCAUCUACAUCCCCACCCCCAAAUCAGUUCCCACCAAAAAAAAAUCACAUGAUGUAUAUCCCAAGAGAGACAUGUAUCCCAA